AUGUCGCUCUCUGCCUCUUUCUCACCCAAUCAGCUUUCUCAGAUGUGCUAUUCUGGGCUCAAAUUAAAUGAGAAGAGAUUAGCGUCUUUAGCGGGGCACAAAAGAAGGGGUCAAAGUCAAUGCUUGUGGAUCGUCAAAUCAGUCUUGAAUAACAGGAGGUCAUCAAGUAUUAGUGAGAAUGGGGCAACUGAGCCUGCUAGGAUUCUUCUGCAGAGGUUGUUUGUGCAAACACAGAAACUGGAGGAACAGAUAGGCAGAGAUCCUCAUUCGCCUCUAGUUUCUGAGCUAGGUUUAAAUCUUGGUAAGCUGGAAUCGGAUCUUCAGGUUGCACUGCUGGCCUUGAAGAAGAAAGAAGAAGAUUUACAAGAUGCAGAAAGGAAGGUAUUGUUGGAGUACAAUGAAAUAAAUCGUGCAAAACGGGACUUGGAGCAGCGGGAGGAAGAAAUGGAAGCGGCUAGAUUGAAGCAAGAAAGGCUAGAAGAUGAGUUAAAGCAAGCUAAUAUAAACUUAGCUUUGCAAGCUAUGGAAAUUGGUGAUCUUAGACUUUGUCUCAAGGAAAGGGAACAAGACAUUUCCGCAGCUCAAUCUGCACUAUCUACGAAAGAAGAGGAAACUGUAAAAAUGCAAAAUGAAUUGGCGAAGAAGAGUGAGGAAGCUGCUGAUACUGAUUCAGAACUCAGAUCCAAGGCCAAGCUCCUGGAUGAUGCAAAUGGAAUUGUGAAAAAACAAGAACUCGAAAUCCUAGAACUCCAGAGAGCAAUUCAAAAAAAAGAAGAAGAGCUAGAAGUUUUCAUGAGUAUGCAGAAAACUGAAGCAGAGAAAUUGAAAAUUGCCAAGGGCAGUUUGGAGAAACAAGCAAUGGAUUGGCUAGUGGCACAGGAAGAAUUGAAGAAGCUUGCAGUGGAAACAGCUAAGCAUUCUGGGGAAGCAAAUGAAACUAUAGAGGAGUUCGGAAGAGUGAAGAAGCUUCUUGCAGAUGUGAGGUUCGAGUUAGUUUCGUCUCAGAAGGCUUUAGCCUCCUCUAGACAGGAAAUGGCAGAUCAGGAACAGCUACUAGAAAAGAAGCUUCUUGAACUUGAUGAGCAGAGGCGGCUUGUUAUGUCCUAUGCAACGAGUCUGAAAGAUGCGGAAAUCGAAGUGGAGAGUGAGAGAGUAAAACUUAGGGUCGCCGAAGCUCGAAACAAGGACCUCGAAAGGGAUUUAUCCAUGGAGAAAGAGCUUAUUGGAGAGUUACAAAAGAAAUUAAAUAUGGAGAGAUCCUCCUUGCAACAAGCAAUUCUGGAAAUGUCAGCUCUCCAGGAGGAGCUAGACCGUAAGAGUAAUGAAUUUGGAGAGAAACAGAGUCUUCUUCAGGUCAAAGAGGCCGAAUUGGUAGAAGCUAGACUAGAGAUCCAGCACUUGAAGUCUGAGCUGACUUCUCACCAGCUUAUCUUGGAUGAAAAAGAUCUGGAACUCUCAAGUGCAAGGAAGAUGAUGGAGGAAGUAAACCGGGAGAUAGAUGAGCUGAGGGGAAUUAUGAACAGUAAAGAAAAUCAGCUUAUUCAAGUGAUGUUCAUGCUGGAGGAAAAGGAUGAACAUGUUCAGGCAAUGCAACAUGAACUAAAUGAUACGAAACAGAAAUUCUCUGAAGCUGAAGCAGUGUUGGAACAGAUUGUAGAGGUGACUAAUGAAGUGGUUCUGUCAGUAAAGGAUGAAAACUAUGAUGCUCUGGGCGCACAUGAUUAUAUCAAUCACCUUUUGUCACCAGAGAAAUCUGCUGAUAAUUUUAAGUGGCAAAAGAAACAGCUUCAAACUGAACUUGGAUUUACCAGAGAAAGUUUGAGAACAAAGGAAAUGGAAGUUCUUGAAGCACAAAGGGCCCUCUUCAUUAAAGACGAGGAGCUAAAGAUGGUUCUUGGCAAAUUGGACACCAGAGAGCAGGAACUAACAAAACUGAAGGAAGAAAUUAUCAGAGAUCGUGAUGAAUUGAAACAGCUUUAUGCUUUAGCACAAGAAAAAAUGGGCGAAAAGACUGUUGGGGACCGAGUAAUUAAGGAACUCCAAUUGGAAGCAGCACAAAUGGAGAUUGAAGCUGCAACUAGUGCUCUUUAUAAACUCAGAGUAAUGAGUCGAGAGCUUCUAAAUAAAUUUAGUUUGAGCAUGGAUGUUGAUUAUGAUACCAAGUUUUUUGAGCACAAUGAUUCUGACACUAAGAUAAAUUUGAUUGACAACAAUGAUUGUCCUGGUGAAGUUAAAACAGAAGUUGCUCGACUUUUGGCUUUGACUGAGCAGCUUGUUGAUGAGGCCGGCAUUGUUAGUAGCACAAGCUAA